UACUGAAUAACAUUCCGAAGUGGAAAUGAAAGUCUUAUCAAGAUACGCAUAUUUGAAUAGUGCUUAGAAUGGCUGCCAGAAAAUUGUGGCUGGCUUUGUGCCUAUUGUCAAUAAUAUUUACAGUUAUAAAAGCUGGGGAUCAUUUUUUUGAAUUUGGUGAUAAUUUAACUGGAGAAGAAUAUUACGUAAAAGAGGGAACUAUCAAUGUGUUUUCGUACAAUAAUACCUUUGAGAUUCCCGAAAUUCGUCAUAAGAUGCUCACAGGUGUCAAGGUAAUCGUAACGAACUCGCUGAGUAAGCCAAAUGUCACGCUUGAAACGCCGAGGAAGGUUCACAUACAUUACAAGUUUCCGCAAUGGACCCAUGGCAAUUACAAAAUAAUCGCCAGAGGUUUUCAUAUAUAUUAAAACUUAACUUAGGUAUUUUCUCUCUCUCUCUCUCUCUCUCUCUCUCUCUCUCUCU